UAGGAAAGGUGGAGAAGCCAAGCAUUGCCAUAUAAACAUGGCCCCUUCCCAAGGACACGGCUGGAGCAGUUGUUGUGACAGCUCCUAGCAGCCCCUGCAUCACAGCCGCCUCCACCAUGAAGGUCAUUGGGGGUCUCCUUCUUCUCUAUGCAAUGACCUGCUUCUGCAGCAGCUCAGAAGCUGCUAGUCUGCCUAUCACUACGGUGGACUGCAGCAUUUACAAGAAGUACCCAGUGGUGGCCAUCCCUUGCCCCAUCAUAUACAUGCCUGUUUGUGGUUCUGACUACAUCACCUAUGGGAAUGAAUGCUUCUUGUGUAUCGAGAGCUUGAAAAGUUAUGGAAAGGUUCAAUUUCUUCAUGAAGGAAGAUGUUAACGUCUCCAUACAUGUGGCUGCAGAGCGAAGCUAAUCUUCGGUGUCAUCUUCAUCGUCCCUGGGCUCUGACUGACUUCUCCCUCACCAUGGCCAAGGUUCUGGGGGGCGGGGCAGGGUGGGGG